CAGAGAAACUUCCUGAAAAAUAGAGGAGCGACUAAGCGUAGAAACAUUAAAACACAGCCUACCUGUGAGCGCUCUUUGUGAUGGGUACUUCAGAGGAUAAGGUUAAGCUCUUGAGCAAGGACCAAAUCGAAGCUCCAUUUCCCGAUGUUGAGGUGGAAGACGAAAAUAGGGAGGAAGAUUCGGGCCAUAUCUGGAGAUUCGUCUGCUAUGCCCUGGCGUACAUGGUGGUAGUCGGUGUCUUUUUGUCUGCGAUCACUUUUCAGAAUUCAAGUACCGACGAGCAAUCAUUUUCACGAGAUGCAGGGUACAAAGCACGUGUCAGACAAAUUAGGCCUGGAGAACGCUUUGAUGACAGACUCAUGCAUGACAUGAGGAUGAGAGAAGAACAUCGUCAUGCCAAGAUGUUUCCUAUGUUUAAACCUCCACCUUUACCUGAAUCCUCAUAUGAUCCACCUUCAAGAUUUGAAAAGGCAAAAACAGCAAGGUACAUUGUGCACAACAGUGACUGGGGAUCAAUAUCAACCAUUUCUGUUUCAAUGGUUGGAGUACCUUUUGGAAUGGCAAUUUCCUUUAGUGAUGGCACUGUCACUAACAGCACAGGGGUACCAUACUUCUAUGUGGCAAAGUUUGACCCGAUAGUGAAAAACAUUGAGGCCAACAACCUAUCCACCUUGGCACUGUCAGAGGCACAGAGUGAUUACUGCAAAGUUCAUAAAUGGGAUCCAGAAGAUCCUCUUUGCUCCAGAGUGACUCUUAUUGGAAAGCUUGUCCAUGUUGGUCCUGAGGAAGAAAAGUUUGCACUAAAUGCCAUCUUUGCUAGACAUCCUGUGAUGAAAACAUGGCCUAAAGAUCAUGGUUGGCAAACACUGAAGCUUGUAAUCACAGACGUGUGGCUUGUUGAUUUCUAUGGGGGCGCCACUAUGGUGCCUGUAAAAGAUUACUUUAAGGCUGAGUUGUAAAUGAACUCAAUCUUUAGAGCAGGAUUUCUAAAGCUAAAAAUGUUGAAAAUUCACUUUUGAAAAGAGUCAGUUACUCUUAAUAUUAUUAGAAUAAUGAUUGAGGAAGUGGCACAGUGUUAGGAAUGCUUGCCCCUUCCUGUGUGGUCCACUAAGCUCCUGACGCGGUGUUUCUUGUGGGUUUAGCUUUUUCUGUUUUUUUUUUACCCUCAAAGAGAUUUCAUUAAUUUUUUUUUAAUUUUACUAUGCCAUUGUGGCCUGCAAGCAGGCACAAGGCACUAUGGGAGAGAUUUGCCAUAAAAAAAGUGAACUGGAGCUUAUGCUAUAGUACUUACACAAGCUUUCAUUUAUGAAAUUGAAACUUACAGCUCAAACCAUGGUUCAUGGGAAGCAUUUAUCUCAUGAUACUGGAUAAUCAUUAGAUUUAUACAUGUAGGUGGGUUUUGAUGCUUUUUAACCACAAUGCAGACUGUAGAAUCGUACUUGUAAUUCAACUUUAAUAUAUUAGGUUUUCUCUAUGCAUGACAGAAAAGUUUAUCAUGGGGAAAAGUGUUUGUAAUGAAAAUUUAAAAUAAAGUUUCUGAAUUUUAA